ACAGAUCCUGUGGCUUUCUUUUUCAUUCCCCCGUCCAUAGUACAUUUCCGAUCAAAAUGCCCUAGUGAGAGUAGUCCCCAGGGAGUCUUUUGACUUUUCCGGCCUCCGUCUUGCCAGCGGAGCCCCGCCCACCCACCGCGGACAUCCGCUGCCAUGGUGACCCUGCUGCUUCGCUCCCUGCGCCCUAGCCGCAAUCUCCCGCGCAGUCUGCGGCUAGCUGUAGAUGUGCCCCGCAGGUCCAGGAGCCAUGGCACCCGCCUGCUGUACCCGGACCACAUCCCCACGACCUCGCUGCAAAAGAUGCUGCUGGCCGCAGGCUCGGCGGGAAUGGCGCUCUACAACCCCUAUCGCCACGACAUGGUUGCAGUUCUAGGGGAGACCACAGGAUACUGCACACUGAAAUUCCUCAGGGAUCAGAUGAAGAAGGAUCCAGAGGGUGCCCAGAUCCUACAAGAGCGUCCCCGGAUCUCACUGUCCACCCUUGACCUAAGCAAGCUCCAGAGCCUGCCUGAAGGCUCUCUGGGCCGUGAGUAUCUGCGCUUCCUGGAUGUGAAUAGGGUCUCCCCGGAUACACGAGCACCUACCCGUUUUGUGGACGAUGAGGAACUAGCCUAUGUGAUCCAGAGAUACCGAGAGGUGCACGACAUGCUUCACACCCUGCUGGGGAUGCCCACCAACAUGCUGGGAGAGAUUGUGGUAAAGUGGUUUGAGGCUGUGCAGACCGGCCUGCCCAUGUGCAUCCUGGGAGCACUCUUCGGACCCAUCCGCCUCCGUGCUCAGAACCUGCAAGUGCUGUUCUCUGAGCUGAUCCCUUGGGCAAUUCAGAAUGGGCGCAGGGCCCCAUGUGUCCUCAAUCUCUACUACGAGCGGCGUUGGGAGCAGCCCCUGACAGCCCUUCGGGAGGAGCUGGGCAUCAGUCCUCCCCCGAAACAUAUGCAGGGCCUGGCCUAGGCUGAGCUGCUGCCUGGGAGGCCGGGUUUGCCUCUGCACACACUGCCUUCCGGGGACAAUGAAUGCCUUCUACUGCCUUUAUUUCUUCUCUUUGAACCUUGAGCUCAGAGCGCCACUGAUCAUAAUGUUUAUGGUCACUGCUGUCAUGUGCCUUGAGGGCCAGCCCAGGAGAGAGCAGGCGGGGCAGUGAGGGGCUGUGAGCUAUCCUGAGAGCAAUGUGUGGCCUGGAACAGUCCUCUUGGAUCAUUCUGGAUUGUUCAGGUCUGAAGCCCCUCCUCUGGACAGUUACCCUUACAGGACAUUCUGUCAAGCUGUCUUCCAGAGUCUUGACUACUCACUACAUCCUGUUCCUGUUCCAAAGCCCCGAAAAGAAUGGUGGGAAAUGAGUGGCAUCUCUGCUGUCUGAAUAAAGUCUCCCAUCAGGCCGAGA